AAAAUAAGUCAUGGAUGAUCCUGAGCCACAUACAUCCAUACUCAAUAUCCUAAAUCAUAUGAGCCAUGGAGGAGAAAAGGAGGAAACAAAGGGAUCGGAUUCGAAAUAUGUCAGGGACAUCAAAGAUCCAACUAGCAUAGCACGUCUUGCCAAAUUCAUCGAAAUCCACUUCAAAAAACUUGAUAUCUUGGUCAAUAAUGCAGCAGAAGGUGGAGUCGUUUAUGUAAAUGAUAGAAAAUUUAGAGAUGGAGGAGGAUUUGUGCAAGUGAUGGACAAAAAUCUACACCUUCUAACGAACGUUCUUGAGGAACCUUAUGAAUUGGCAGAAGAAUGUUUGAAGACAAAUUAUUAUGGAACCAAACGAAUUACAGAAGCGCUUAUUCCUCUUCUCCAACUCUCUAAAUCGCCAAGAAUCGUAAACGUUACAUCUGCUUAUGGAAACCUACACUGGUUUUACAAUGAGAAGCUGAAAGAAGAGUUAAUUGACAUUGAGAAUUUGACUGAAGAAAAGAUCAAAGAGAUUAUUCAAGGGUUUUUGAGGGACUUUAAGGCUGGUAAGUUACAGGAGAAUGGAUGGCCCUUGACAGUUGCAGCUUAUAAAGUUUCGAAAGCUGUUCUUAAUGCAUACACAAGGCUAAUGGCAAGAAAGUUUCAAAAUAUUCUUGUGAACUGCGUGCAUCCUGGGUAUUGUGUAACGGAUAUGACAUCUAACACGGGAGUCAGUACUGCAGAAGAAGGCGCUAAAGGUCCAGUAAUGGCUGCUUUGUUGCCUGAUGAGGGGCCUUCCGGCGCCUAUUUUGAUAAAAUGGAGAGAGCUUCAUUUACGUUAAUUGAAAGGGCAAUAUGUAUAAUCAUGGUUUUGGCCGAAAUAAUCAAGGAAAUUGCCACCACCACCAUCGUGAGGUGGUGGUUGGCGCCUUUUGCCGCCACCAGCCGUUGUGUUGGGUUGCGGUGUGCAUUUAUGUGUGAUUGGGUUGUUAAUUGA